UCUGUCCUCUGUCUCCGUCGGUCUCCUGCAAGAUGUCGGACUCGUGUAAACCUCAUCAUGACUGGUUCACAGCGUUCCUCACGAGCGGGCUAUGUGUCGGGCUCAUUAUCUCCUAUUUACCCCAGCACUUCAGGAUUAUCCUGACCAAGUCGAGCGAGGGCUUCAGCCCGUGGUUCCUGCUCCUUGGCAGCACCUCCGCCGCGUCUGGCAUGCUGAACAUGGUGGUCAUGCAGUGGAGCAUAAUGCGAUGUUGUCGAUAUGUCGGCUUCGGCAGCUGUCUGGAGAUGACCGCGGGGGUAUUCCAGGUCUUCCUGCAGUGGUCCAUGUUCACGAUAAUUCUAGUCCUUUACAUGGUAUACUACCCUCCGCAUAAAAAGUACGCCGAGGUAGAUGUGGACGCACACGAUAGCAGGCCGCCACAGCACGUCAAGACGAGUAUCAAGAGCGACGAGUGGCGUCUCUCUAUCACCCUUGCAUGGGUCGUGUUUAUCCACAUUGUCCUCAUUACCUUCAUCACCUUUGCGCUCCUGAUAACCACCCCACUCCCCCCAUCGACCUCCGGCGUGCCCCUGCCCCCGCACAUCGAGCUCUGGGCGACGUUCCUGGGCGUCGCGUCCGCGGGGCUCGCCGCGGUCCAGUACGCGCCACAGAUAGUGCACACGUACAGGAUGAAGCUGGUCGGCGCGCUGAGCAUACCCAUGAUGUGCAUACAGAGCCCGGGAGCGGUGUUGAUGGUACUGUCUAUUGCGUUACGGCCGGGAACGAACUGGACUAGCUGGAUCACGUUCGCCGUCGCGGGGAUCAUGCAGGGCACCCUACUCGUGAUGUGCAUCAUCUGGAAGUUCCGCCAGCGCAGACUCGGGAUCGAUGACUUUGGGGAGCCGCUCGAGCCGCGGUCCGGGGAGAGCGCAGGUGAGAAUGAGAACGAGUCGCCGGUGCCGGUGACGAGGCGCGCAACGGACGUGCCCCUUGCGGUGGAGAGCGCUGUGGAGGAGGAUGUCAGGGCAGGGUCGGUGUAUGAGGAGCGGGUGGGCGAGGAGACGCCGUUACUCAAGGGUACAAAGGAGGAGCACGAGGGGGGUUGGUUGGCUUGGUUCAAGAGGAAGUGAAGUUGCCCUCUCCCCCGUGACCCCCUUCUCUCGCAUCGCUUCAAAUUUGGAAAUAUGCUAUCUACCCCGGACGUCUACUUACAAUAUCCUAAUCACGACAUUGUUGCUUCCGUUUGCUAUACGUCUACUCCCG